AAGCGGACAGCUGGGUGUCUUGUGCUGUAUGUGCAUCCUCCAGCUCAUCCUCUCACUGACAGACUCAUUCACAACAAGGACUAAGAGACCUGAUACCUGCUCAUCUUCACUUCUCCAUAAAAUCCUCUUAAAGACAGAAGAACUCCUGAAACACUUACUUUUUAUUUCAACUUUGAGUUGUGUGGACCGUCCCGUCAUCAUGGGUGCGUUUAUAGCCAAGAUGCUGCUCCCUACAGUCAGCAGCCUGGUGUUCCUGCCGACAGCCAGUGUGGCCGCCAAGAGGGGCUUCCACAUGGAGGCCAUGGUCUACUUCUUCACCAUGUUCUUCACUGCGGUGAGAAAAACUUUAUGGAUCUGUUUAAAUGUGACGGACUGAAACUCAAGUGUUGGGACUGUAUUGGUUUAGAUAGUUUAAAUGAAAAGAUAAGAUGUUCCUUUAACAGUCCCACAGGUGGAAAUUCCCAAAUUUCCCCCUAUGACUCCAACUUUUGUAAAUUCCUCAUAAAAUCUGUAUGUUAGUGUUUAAAGGUCAGGAUAAUACUUAAUCUUAGGACAGAAUCUCUUUGAAUCCUCUUUCGAUCUGUAUAAAUGACCAUUUAUAAAUGUACCAUACUCAGAAAUUGAAGCAAAUCAAAAUUUCUGCCAGAAGGAUAAAUUACUGCCAAUCCUUCUAAAUUAAUUCUGGUGAUGUUGAUGUGCAUCAAGUCUUUGCUGAUAAAAAAAAGGAGAGGAGGACACAGCCUUUUUAGGUCCUGUCCAAACAUACAGGGACAUCUCAGACCUCCAGUCCACAUGAAGUUGUAGAUAGAUAUAGGCGCAUGAUACCGAAGCUCACAUUAAAGAUGAAAUGUCAUGUGACCUGUGCAACUGAAGCUUUUACAUCACCGUUGCUUCAAAACCUCUUCAGUCAGCUUGACCGUAUAAAGUCUCAUAUUUAAAGUGUGUGAUCAAUUAAGAAAGUUGGUGACUCAUUCAACUACCAAACAUGUUAACUUGUGUUUUUGUAAAUACGAGGAAUAAAUACCAGAACUUUGUAACAAAGACUUGAUCAUGAAUUAUUUGCCACCAACCCAGACUAAGCUAAGUAUAUCAGAGAAAAUAAUAUCAGUAACUUUGAUCAAGAGAGGGCUAUUUGUAGUCAUAUAUAUGUUGAGUUUUAAAUCAGCAGGACGGCCUCAUGGACUUCUUUUUCUCAGACAGUGAGUGGAGGUGUAUUUGUGUUUCAGACUAUCAUUUCUAUCAUUUAAAAAACCCCAAAGCUUCAUCAGGUUCCAUCUGCCCAGCAGAAGUUUUCGCUCACUGAAAAUGAAGGUUUUUGAAAACAUCUCUUCAUUGUUGUUGCAUAGACGACUAAAAUUUUGACUUAUAUUGGGCAUGACAGUUAUUGUUUUCACAUAUUGGGCAUGCGCCAAGAUGUGGGCCAUUGGUUUGUUUGGAGAGCACUUGGCUGCAGACACAGCAGAGCUCUAGGAGAGACUGCACAGUUGGAAGUUGGACCUCUGCUUAGAUUUCAGCUGUUAUUUGGAAAUAAGGAGAUCUCAGCAGCGAGAGUUGUUCUCAGUGUCUUUUUUUCAAACUUUGACAGUAAAAUUUAAACAGACCUUAAGAGUUCAAUGUUGCAGUUAGGAAUCAGUAUGGCUAUUUAGCUCACACAGCUUCACAUGUGCACAGUUAGAGCCCUGUUGGAGCAUUCUCAGUUGAAAGUUUACCUCUGCAGUUUUACAGUUCAACAUUAAAACCCUUUAUUUUUAGUAGGUUUGUGAAAAGGACACAAUGCAGUGCAAAUUUUACUGGUGGAAUUUGUUCCACUUUGUUCCUUUUAACAGCUGAGAUCCAACUAAUGUCCAACUUCCAACUGUGAGAGUACCUACAGAGGUCCUCCAAGGUCCUUGUUCAGCUGUGCCCAGUACAGCCAGGUUUAAAUGACUGUUUACCAAGAAAUCUCACUUUAUCAGUAUUCCAUGGUACAGACUGAAUAAGUACAUUAAGGACUGAAUAGUUUUUUAAAUCUGCCGCUCUGCUCCAUGAACGUGUGAGGUGUUCUUCUAAUGUGUUUUGACAUGACCGACAGAUUACACAUUACUGCCAUCAACUGGUCUGGCCUGCUUAUGUGAGUGUUUCUGACUGUCCCUGCAUUAUUGUGUCAGAGAUGAUUCAAAAAUUCUCCACAAAAAGUUUGAUUUGUCAUUGGGAAUAUUUACUUUUUAAACACAUGAUGAAUGCACGUAAAAGUUGUUCGAUAGCUUCUUUAAACUUGCUCUCUCAGAUUCUUGCCUCUCAUUUUGUUUUUUUUAAUGUUUGUCUUCUUGUAGAUCUACCACGCAUGUGAUGGACCCGGCCUCUCUAUCCUGUGUUUCAUGAAGUAUGACAUCCUGGAGUAUUUCAGUGUUUACGGCACGGCUCUGUCCAUGUGGGUCACACUCAUCGGUAAGUCCUGGAGCACAGUUAGUGAUUUUUGUGGUAUGAAGAAAUAUUGAUGUCAACAUACAGAAACAUACUUACUGUUCUUUAUAUCUCUGUUAUAUCUUCCACAAUCAGAGUGCAUAACCAUGGCAAGACCAUUUGUUCAUUUUCUAUCUUGGUGUACAUUGUAAAAUAACUUUCAUAGAAAACAUUCUUGGUGUUACUGAGGAAAACAACCAUCAGUUAGUGUUGUGUUAAACAGCUUCACUCACUAAAGGUCAAAAAACGGCUUCUGUGCCUGCAGCAGUUGAUGACAACAUUUGCUGUGUCUCUGACUUUGGCUCACAUGUGCUCAUACUCUGUAUCAUUAUUCAUUAAAACAGUUGCUACUCUCCUGUCUUAGCCCAAAACAAGGGUUUUCAAUCCUGUGCUGUGAAGUACCAAAUGCCAACAACAGCUGAUUUCGCUGAUUGGUCUGCACUUUGUCUAACAGUGUACUGAAUAUAAAAUGGUUCACUCAAAUGAAAAUCCAAGCACAGAUGAAAAAUGUCUCAGAUUAAAAGUAAAGACGUUUUUACAGAAGGAAAUCAUUAUUUAACAGAAACAAACCCACAGCAGAGUCAAGUCUACAACAAGGAAUGGAAACUAUAAAAGAGUACAUACGCAUGCUCUUUUAGUGCUACACAUCUGCAGAGAAACUGGACAGUGCUAAAAAGCAAUCAGUCUUCAUGCAGAAAAUACAGUUUGAACCCUCUUUUGAAGGUUACCCCUCAAAAAUAGACUGACUGCUUUUUAGCUUUCCUGUGUCCUGUCAAACAGACAUCUGCAAACAACUGCAGACUGCAGUGUGGAUGCUCCACAUUGUGUCUUACAUCUCUUUUGUGCUUCCCAAGUAAACACUGGCAAUGACAACCAAGGUUUGGAAGCCUCUGAAACCUCGGCUGUCAUGCCCAGAGGGUGCAGAUAAAGUAGAUGGGGUCUGAAAUAGCUGAGCGGGUUUUCUGGAGAGUGUCACGCUGCUGAGCAUGUACAACAUCCAAAAAAGUGAAUGUUUCUACAAAGAGACAGCCAAAAAAAUAAAUAAAUAAAUAAACAACAAAUGACCGUUACGGUUUGUUUCUCAGUUUAGUUGAAAACAUUCUAGUAGCCCCUAUCGCUCAUGCAGUCUAUCUUCUUGACUUAGCUCUGGGUGAUUUUGAUGAACCUCAGCGCUCUAGUAUCACCAUGUUUGGAGUACUGACCAUAGCUGUGAGGAUCUACCAGGACCGCUGGGGCUAUGGGAUCUACUCCGGACCAAUCGGAUCAGCUGUCUUCAUCAUCACUGUCAAAUGGGUGAGUCCAUGCUCCCUCUUGUUCUCCUCUAAAGGUCCUUCAACGUCUUCAAGUGUUGACGUUGACCCUCCUCUCUUUCAUUUUGUUUUCUUGAUGCUUCUCUUUCUUCUGCUCAUCAAACCAAGGACUCAAACUCUAGUGUUUCCUGCAUUUCUGAUUGGUUGAUAUUGCUGUCAUUUCAGCUGCAGAAGAUGAAGCAGCUGAGAGCGGUGUAUCCAGAGAAGAUGGUGUACACUCAGCAGGUCGGGCCAGGCUGCUGCUUCGGUGCUCUCGCUUUGAUGCUGCGUUUCUAUUUUGAGGUGACUGUUACAUAAACUAUGAAAAAUACUACAACUUAGCUAUGAAAUCUAUGUUCAUAAAAGGCUGCAGUUUGACUGAUUGACGUGAAGUCAUUAAAAUACUGCAGUGGUUAUAAUGAAAUAAUAAAGAAGUAGACUGUCUCGUUACAUCUCUCCAUUUGCUCCUGCUGUUUCAGUUUCCUACGUCUGAUAACCCUGAGUUUAACGUCCUGUCUCCCCUUCACUCAGGAAUGGGACUACGCAUACGUCCACAGCUUUUACCAUCUGUCUCUGGCCGUGUCCUUCAUCCUGCUGCUGCCAAAAAAAAAUCGAUAUGCAGGAACAGGACAGAACGCUGCCAAGCUGAGCUGCUUCGCUCUCUGCUGCUGUGUAUGUUUCAGUUAUUCCUCCUCGAACAGAAUAAAGAGUGUACAUCAAGGCAGCUAAACAGACCAUUUGUAUGAGAGAGAUGAAUUAGAGCUACAGGCCACAUGGACAGACAAAAAGGCAAUGUUUGAAAAUGUGAAGGUUAAGAUACUCUCUUUAAUGCCAUAAGACUCCGUUUACAGAGAAUAGGUCAUUUCCCUUAACCGAGGGAAAACCUCCAGAAAUGUAGUUCCUCAAGUCUCCAUGUAAGCCAGUGAAUUCAACAUGUUUCUAGUCUGGGACCAAAAUCUUAACUAGUCUAGAUUCCUCAUUUCUAUAUUCAUACAAGCUUGAGUAGGGUCAUCCAAGCUUUGGCCUCAAACCCAACUUAUUGCCAGUUUCUAGAUCAGGAGGAAGUCAGUCAGACUCUGCAUUGACUUCAGGGGCUGACAAGACAAAUCCAUAAUCAGCACAACUUCAUAAAUACAGUCUAAACUUACUGCAGAUUAAAAAAAAAAAAAAAACAUUCUGUAAAAAGCAAAAAGGACUGCAUGAACACCAAAAGCGCUGCAGAUACACAUAUGAAAAAAAGCUACAACUUUUAAAGAUAGAAGGAAAACCAGUCAGACUUUGAACAGAAAUGCUUCUUAUAAGAAAAGAUCUUCUUAUUAAAAUAAGAAAAGCUCUUAUUCUUAUUCAGUUUAGCAUCAAUAGUUUUUGAAAAGAAAACAGAGCAAUGUUUUUAAAACUUUCUGAUUUAACAAGUAAGAAAACUGAAAACUGUUUAUUUAGACUUGUUCUUCAAUGUAUGUGCAUGUGAACUUACCCUAAUCCUCUGACUCUGUUUUUAGCAUCAUCAUUAAUAACUCUCAUUUCAUUUGAAAAUAAAGACUCCUGAAACUACAUCCCUAAACUCAGACAACAAAAUCACACUAUGCAACAUCAUCAUAAGAAGCACAUAAUGAGCGCAGCUGGUACCUGCAGGGAGGUUCAGGGAGGCUAAACUGUUUGGCAAAAGGAGUCUGGUGGCUUUGAAGAGAAGCUAAAAUGGUUGUUUCAAAAAGGUGUCUGAAGUCAGACACUGACAAUAACAGUAUGUGUCUGAGUCUGGGUCACUCAGGUUAAGAAUCUUUUAUUACAGCGGCCUCAUUCACUAUCAGUCAAACUCUAAUGUUCUUGAUUUCGCUCUAAUCCUGCUCUCUCAAUGUUUCCUCUUCAGUCCAUGUCCCCCGGUUCUUCCAAAGAAAAGAAGGACAAGCCGAAGAAGAAGUCAUCUCACACUGUGUGGACGAUCCCCACAGAGGGACUGUUGACCCGAGGCUGCAGCACCCCCACCCUGCCCCUCUACAACCCCCCACCCUCCACUCCGAUCAAGGGUACCAGCAUCCGCAAACUUAAAGAGAUGAACGGCUGGAAGUGA